CUGCAUUGUGCGCAUGUGCAGGCUGGGCCCGGCCCCAGCGACGGCGCAUGCGCGGUGCGGGCCGACUGCGGGGUCGUUGCCACCAUGAAGCUGUUAUUUACGUGUCAGCCCCUCGCCUGACGCCGGCCCUGAGCCGGCAGACGCCUGCAGCAUGAGCGUGUCCCAACACAAUGAGAGGAGGCAGUCCCUUCUCGAAAGGCUUCUUGAUGCAGUUAAGCAGUGCCAAAUUCGCUUUGGAGGAAGAAAGGAAAUUGCAUCAGAUGCAGAUAGUAGGGUGAUCUGUCUCUGUGCUCAGUUUGAGACUGUACUACAGCAUGGCUUGAGGAGAAGCAAAGGAUUAGCACUUACAGCAGCUGCUUUCAAACAAGCAGCAGGAUUUGCCAAUAAAACAGAAACAGAGCCUGUUUAUUGGUAUUAUGUAAGAGAGCAUAUGAACAAACAUGAGCUACAGCGAUACUGUUCUUUAAGGAAUAUCACCACAGAUAUAGGUCGGGGCAGAGCUUGGCUCCGAUCUGCACUGAAUGAACAUUCACUCGAACGAUAUAUGCACAUGCUUCUUGGUGAUGGAAACCAGCUAAGUGUCUUCUAUGAAGAUUGGUCCUUUAUGAGGGAUGAAGAACGUGCAAGCAUGCUUCCAACCAUGGCAGCAGGGUUAAACUCAAUCCUCUUUGCAAUCAACAUUGACAACCAGGAUUUGAAUGGACCAAACAAGUCUGCAUCUGCAGUUGCUAACUUACUGAAGGAAUCAACACAAAAUGUCACGUGCCUGUUAAAGGAAUCCACCCAGGGGGUCAGCACGCUUCUGAAAGAAAUCUCAACAGUUUCUGCUGUGCCAAGUUUCAUGCGACCUGAGCCUGAAUCUGACCGACUGCCAGUUCUGUCUAAAACUGUAAACCAAGAUGCAAAAAGUAAAAGAGAAAAGAAGAAAAAGAAAAUGGUGCCAAAUAUUAUUUCCUUUGAUGGUGACAAUGAAGAGGAAGAACAAUGCUCUGAACAAGUGAAACAUUCAGAUGUGACAAUAGAAUGUUUUGAGGAAAAUUCAGAAAAACCUUCAUCUGUUUCUUCAGCUGUGAUUUUAACUGCAUUUGCUCCAGAUCUGUAUGGCAAACCAGAUUCUAAUGGAGAGGAAUUCAGCAACAGUAUCUUGAAGACUGCGGAUGUAUGUCUAAAUGGUGACGCUGUUCACAAGAAACGAGAUAUGAAAAGUAUCGAUGAUGACGAUGAUGAUGAAGAUGAAGAUGCAGAUGGGGAGCGCAUAUAUCAAAGUAAAGUGAACGAAGAGGACGGACUCCUUUCAGAACAACCUCUUGUGGAAAAUAUUUCCAUUGCACAAAUGUCCAGCUGGAAUACCCUGCAAGUUUUGAAUGAUAAUGAUAGUUCUGAUAUCCUGUUUCCAGUUGUUGCCGUAGGUUCCUGUUCGCAGUCUGAUGCCACGUCUGAUAACUUGAUAUACUGCGAUGAACAUGAAAAUGCCUCACUUGCUGUAGAGCUUGCCCAGAAAGGAUCCCAAUUUCAGUACAGUACUGAAGUCACUCCUCCUCUUCAGGCUGACAUUGGAGCUCUUUUGCCACCAGCUGCAGUCCCAGAAUCGAUGACUGUUGAUGAACUACGACAAGCCAUUGUAGCCAUGAUGAACAGAAAAGAUGAGCUGGAUGAGCAAAACAGGUCACUGCGGAAUUUACUUGAUGGUGAGAUGGAGCAUUCUGCAGCGCUCAGGCAAGAAAUUGACAACCAGCAAAAGAAACUGGCAGAGCAAGAAGAACGACAUGCUGCCAAGAUUCAGGCUUUGGCAAGGGAAAACGAAGUGUUGAAGGUGCAGCUGAAGAAGUACGUGGGAGCUGUCCAAAUGCUGAAGCGUGAAGCAAGCCAGUUGAACGAUGUUUUUCCAAACUUGAGGAGUGGUGAUACAGAUCUUGUGAUCCCAGAACCUAAACCUGUGGUGGAUAAUGAUGAACUGGCAAGCACCUAUGAGCGGAAGCUGAUUGAGGUAGCAGAGAUGCAUGGAGAGCUGAUAGAAUUCAAUGAGAGGCUGCACAGAUCACUGAUGGCCAAGGAAGCCCUCAUCUCCCAGAUGAGACAGGAGCUUAUUGAUUUAAGAGGACCAGUACCUGGUGAUUUAAGUCAAACCUCUGAAGAUCAAAGCUUGUCAGAUUUUGAAACGGCUCACUGUGCACUGAUAAAUGUCUGGAUUCCAACAGUGUUUCUACGUGGACGAGCUGCUAAUGCUUUUCAUGUGUAUCAGGUUUACAUUCGGAUCAAAGAUGAUGAAUGGAAUGUGUAUAGGAGAUACACUGAAUUCAGAGCAUUGCACAAUAGACUACGGACCAAAUUCCUGACAGUGAACACUUUUCAUUUCCCACCUAAAAAAGCUAUUGGAAACAAGGAUGCAAAGUUUGUGGAGGAACGUCGUAAACAGCUCCAAGAGUACAUGAGGAACAUAAUGAACAAAAUUAUACAGAUACUCCCACAAUUUACAUCCAGUCCUAGGAAAGAAACCCUUAUAAACCUGCUGCCAUUUUGCAUUGAUUUACAGCCAACGGGAGAACCUGCGAAUACGACAAAGUCAAAGGUCGCUUCUAAGUUUUCUAGGUUGAGCAGGACUCAGCACAGAGAGACGAGGAAUCCUGAGCCGCAGAGUGGUGACUUAUGACCAGUUUACGGUCUGAAGAUCUCAGCACACUGUUCAGCUGCUCUUUAUUUGAACCAUCAAAUAACCCUUCCACGCACAGUUGAUUUAGAGGAAGAAGAUAAUGCUUCAGUGUUAUUUCUUGUGAAAUGAUGUGGGAAUAUGGUACAUUUUCAUGCACCUUUCAUUGUCGGUAUCUUUGAAUUUAUUAUUUGCUUUAAAGAACCAUCAAGAUAAAGUAAGACUCCGUUCACCUGCAGAGUUUGAAAUAUUUACAAUUUACCUUGAUUAUUUAUUUUGGUGACACAAUCAGAAGAUCUCUCAAUUAUUUUUUUUUUGCCAUGAACUCCAAAUGUGAUUCCUCAUCCUCCAGAACUAUAUCAACUUCCGAGUGUUCACUUUAACACCUUCGAAUACACUCCUUAUCUGUGUAUAAUAUCUUGGAGAAAGAAAGAUUUCUGUACCACUUUACAAAAAACACUGUUAUCUCUUUUUACAUCACGUACUCAAUCGAUAAAUCGAGUAAUAGUUUCAAGUUAAAUUACAAUUUUUUCGAUGAGAAAUGGCGGGUGCUUUUCUCCUCUCUUCCCGACCUUACAUAGACAGUGUGAAGAGAGGUUUUGUUAAUGAUAAGGUACUCAAUAUGAACUGGAAACCCACGCUAUUAAAAAAACAGCAUUUUGUGUAAAAUAGCUUCCAAUAGUCUGAAAUCCAAUGUCGCCCUUACUUUUGAUUCUCAGUACAAUUUCCAAAUUUGAUUCUUUAGUUUAUAUUUGUCACUGCAAAUUUAAUGAAGCCAGAGGCUGGGAAACAACUGCAGCUCGAGAUAGGCAAACUGCUCAAAGCAUCAGAAAGAGCCUUAUCAGUUGACACAGAUCCUACUUAGUGGCUGGUAGAGACCACAUCAGUGAAAUGGUUUCUACACGCAAGUAAUGAAUAACCCAGGAACAAUUUAAUAACCUUCACACCUUAAUCCUUUUUGUAAGAUUUUUAGUAAGGUAAUCUUGACUUUACUCCUUUACAGCAGAAUGGGGAUUAUAAAGAAAAUGUUUUAUUGUCAUCAUGCAGCAUACAGGUAUCAGAUCAUGACAAUAAAUAGCUGUUAUUCUGAGCUAGUACUGGCAUUCAGUGCUCAAGUCAGAGCUACAAGCCCACAAAGGCAAGGGUUGGGUACCACAACUUCAUACAUUUUAAUAAAUUCCAAGAUAAUACCUACUAGGUCUUUUUCCAAUAAGAGGUCACACACUUACAUGCAUUCAGAAAUAUUAGCCUUAAAAUUAAUAUAGAAAGCAAACAUAUAGUACCUAUUCUUAAAGCAGCUGUGAAUUUUAAUGCUUAAAAUAUCACUUUUAAAAUUAUACUUAAAUAAUAAGUAUAAUUGACUUUAAGAAAACAAUGUUUAUUUUGAAUAUUUUCUUUACUUUGAGACUUGCACUUUUACUUCUGGGUAUAUUUUUUAACCAUUUAAUGAAAUUUCAUUAGAACUCCCCCAUUUAUGAGUAUCGUCAAGGCAUAUUUUGCACCCUGCUUAAGUGUACUUGGUGACGACUAUUGCUCUGAAAGUUUACAUUGUAAAUAUGAAUAAUAUGAUUUGCCAUGCAAGGGAAAAUGCUUUCCCUCUUGAAUUCCUUUUCAGCUUUUAUAUUAAGUAUAUUUCUGCAUAUGAUCUUUUUAAAUCAAUGUAUCACCCAGAUACAGCCAUGAUUCAUCUUGAAAAGCAAAUCUGCCAGAAUUACAAGCAAAGAAUUGUCCAUCUCAAAAUAUCGUCAAAUUACAAUGAUUUCACUCCUGCUUUUCUACUUUUACUCCAAAUUACCCCAAAUUUCUCAAGUUUCUUAAUCAAUAUGUGACCAGGUCAUUUUUGUACUCUGUGCUAUCAAUCUGCACCACUCCCAUUAAUGGCCCCCUGCAGUAAUGCAGCCUUCACUAAUCCAUCCGACUCACACUUCAACUGCCCAAGCUUACUCCUAUCAAUUAGUGACAUAUUUAUAAUGGAUAUGGCAUUCGUCAUCCAAGAGGUCUUGAACUUGCUCAGUCCACUGCGUGCAAUCUUGAUGAAAGAAGACUUAGGGUCAGCGCGAUGGAACAAGCUAAUGGCGAACAUGCUAAUGCUUUCCAGAAAAUCUUUUAGCGAUUACAUUUAUGGGCACUUAUUCAAACUAUUGACUCCCAUGUUGGCACUUGUACAUUAGAUAGGUUGGAUCUGAUAUCAAACAGAUUCAUCUCUCCCCUGUCAAUGUGCAAAAUGUAGCAUUCAAUUGAUGUUAAGCACUGCAGUUAAAAUUUUACUUGUCAUUAGAAAUGCAUUGAGGAAAAUAUUUCAUCCAAUUGUGUAUAACUUAGCCAUUUAUAAGUGAAAUGGCCAAGUUAUACACAUUUAUAAGCUUCAAUAAAUAUGCAUGAUUAUGAUUAAGUGCAAGUUGCUGAUUUUUUUUGUUAAACUUAAGUAUUUCAUCUUUAUGAAGUGAGCAUUUUUGCAAUACUGCUUGUGGAUGAUAUUUAGUGGCAUGACUGUUGAGGUUAUGCAUUGAAGUUGUGCAAGGAAAUUCUCAGGCGGAGUACACCUCUAUUCCCCUUCAAGCCUAUCUUUUAAAAAUGUAGUAACAAAUGUAAGUAAUUUUACGUUGGAUACUCUGUGAUACUUCCCUACUCAACUGGUGUGGUCAAUUUAUUUUCAAGCAGAAGCCUAGACAUGAACUUUCACUUUGAUAAGGGUGAAUAUCAACCUGGCAACUGAUCUAGAGAUGUAUCAUCACUAGAAAACAUUCCACUGACUGGGGACUCCAAUAGAUUCAAAUAUUAGAAAGCUUCCUACAGCUAGGUCACUGAAGAUAGGCCGUCCAUUCAAUUCAAAGUUCUGGACUCCAUAAAUAUGUUGAAAUAUAUUUGAGACCAAGUUGAAAUUAAUAUUUUGAGCAUACAUUACUCCCUUAUUAGCAUUCAUUUGUGAGCGUAAUUUGCACUGGGAUGUGUAUUUGUUCAAAGUGGCUUUAUAAUAAGCUGAGGAAACCGGCGUGACAGAAAUGAGAUCAGAUCCCCUUAAGUUAUUGAUUAGAAUGGAUGGCUGCAAAGUAAUGUAAUAUAUUUUCUAUUAUAUCGAUGAAAAAGCAACCGGUCACUACACUAGGCUUGACAUUCGUGACUGUAAAUUCAUGAGUCAUCUUGCUGUUUUUGUCAGUGUUUGGUAUUCAUUGAUGAUUUUACCUUACAAAAAUGAAAAGUCACUUUGGUGUUGGUGCUGUGUGCAACUUGUCCAGCCAUCUCCAUUCAUUGUUUGUAGGAAGGAACUGCAGAUGCUGGUUUGAACCGAAGAUAGACACAACAUGCUGGAGUAACUCAGCGGGACAGGCAGUAUCUCCGGUGAGAAGGAAUGGGUGACGUUUGGGGUCGAAGAGUCUCCACCCGAAAAGUCACCCAUUCCUUCUCACAAGAGAUGCUGCUUGUCCCGCUGAGUUACUCCAGCAUUUUCUGUCUAUCUUCCAUUCAUUGUAUAAGAUACAAGGAAUGGUGUCAGAAGAGGAUUUUGUCCAGUGCAGUCUAAAGAUUGCAUCAACCACAGAGAACAUUAUUUAUAUACUGAUGACAACGUAAUAGCUUGUUAUUUCUUCAUCAUCAUGUUCGGUUUAAAAUACAUCUUUACUAUCAAUUCCGUAAAGUUAGACUAAUAAUGAACAGGAUCUAGUGAUUCAUUUGAAAUAGAUAUUGAAGAACUGGUAAAUCAGAAGGGGAAGCAAAAAGAUCGAUAGGCGUACUUUGAAUAAAAGUUUCCUUAACAAAAGUAUUGUUAACAUUUAUGCUCAUUUAUUUAUGUGCCCAGCUUCCGAUUACUAAUGUUAAUGAUCUGUGACUACUGUCACAAUGAGUGUUUGGUUCAAGAUAAAUCAAACGUUCAUCUCUAAUUACACGUUCUGUAAACUGGCAGCAUUACUUGCAUUCAUGAAACCGACUGUGAUGUCAUUUGGGAAGGGGACCAUUUGUCAAUAUGUAUAAAUAUUGUGUUUUAGUACAAUUUUAAUUUCACUCACUAAAGGUGCCGAUAAUUCUGCAAUAAAACUGAGUAACCAAUAAA